CUGUCCCUUCACAUUCAACCUGCGUCACUACUCCCUCCUGGAGAGCCCAACAUGGUCCCACGGUCUAUUCUUGCCCGUAGACUACGGUGGACUGGUGCCAUCAAGUCCGCCACACAGUCUGCGCUGCCCCUCUUACCUGCUACCGCACGCUUCGCCGCCAGAGCCUUCAUAACCACUUCCGUGCCACGACUUGCCACACCGGUACAGAGGGCAACGACAAUACAGGCUCCUCUCCCUUCGCUGUCCUCCUCAGUUGCUAGACUAUUGCCUAAGAGCAUAUCAGAUGAUCAACUUCCGAUCCCUCGUCAGCUCUGCGAGGACAUCAUCGGAAAAGUUCUGGAGCAAGUCAGAUCUGCUGCUGACGCCAAGACGGUAGAGGAGGCAAAGGCGGGUUGGGCAACAGUAGACGAGCGAAUCAGGCAAAGUCUAGCAUCUGAGCAACAUCCUGCUACUUCUCUGACGGAGCUCACGACUCUCUUGGUAACAUCAAGUGGAGACCCUCGCCGGCACCCGGUCGCCUUCAACAUGUACCGCAUAGCAUUUGGAUCAGAUCCGGCCCUACUGCCUGCCCUCGAGCUCGACUCCGCCAACCUCUCUUCCCCAGCCCCGUCAGCUUCAGCGUCUGGCGAGAAUUCCCCCACUUCGCAGUGGGGAGACUGGCAAUCGUCAUACCACUGGGCCAAUAUUGUGCUACAGGGUCGGGCACCUCCCCCUCCUGGCACUUAUCUGCUGGUACCGGGAGAGCAAAGGGCAGCUCAAGCCUCUCAGUCUUCUGCUGCCUAUCGUGUCUUCGCUCAUCUCGCAAGCCGAGGCCACCCCCAAGGCAUCUUCGGCAUCGGCAGACAUCUCCUCAGUACCCUCGAGCGAGGCAACGACCCCACUACGCUGGGAGCAAUGCCAUCUUCAGCAGUGUCGCAGCCCAGGACGAGACAGGAGACACUACAAGAAGUGGAGAAGAUGUACCGACUGGCUGGGGAGGCAGGAGUGGAGGACGCAUGGUUCGAGCUUGCUGCACUCUACGCCGAAGGCAAGUGGGUGAGGAAGGACGACGAAAGGGCCCGGUCACUACUGCGUGAGGGCGUGAACAGGGGCUCGUCGCGUGCCUGUAGAGCUUUGGCUCAUCUCAUGACCAAAGAGGUUCAGGCGCCUCCUGCGCCCUCCUCUCUGACUCUGGGCGGUGGUCAGCCAACCGGUCUGGGUGCAGAGAGGAGAGAGACCCUACUCACUGAGUCUCUACGUCUGCUGGAGAGAGGCGCGGAGCUAGGGUCUCCUGAUUGUGCCUUCUCCGCAGGAAUGCGCUACCUUCUCCAGCCUCCAGCGCCAGAGGAGCAAGGCACUGAGCCUCUCAACGCAAGCCUGGACAUGUCAUUGGAUCCAUCGAGCUCAUCGAGGAGUCCGCCAGUGGACGCAGCCGUACGAGCAAGACAGGAGCACAUCAAGAAGUGGGCCGUCGAGCCAAGCAAUGACAUGGCUGCCAAGUGGUUCGGCAUCGCCGCAGAGGGUGGCAAUGCCCUGGCGAUGAUGAAUCUGGCCCGCAUGUACCUGGAGGAUCGGGUCGUGCCUGCAGCGGCGGGUACCGAAACGGCCUCGUCGCCGCGUCAGGCGCAACUAGCUCAUGCAUCGGACCUCUACGCAAAGAUACUAGCAAAGGCAAUGGGCCCUGAAGGUCAGCGCAGUAAGGCCUUGGCAGAGGUACAAGCUAAGAUGGCGGGAGCCAAAGGACCGGGCAGCGGGGUUACUGGACAAGGGUUAGAUGACCUCGGCGCGCGGGCGCAGGAAGGUCUCAGACUCGUCACCGAGGAGAUGUCGAUGCUGAGUCGAGGAGGGUGAGGGGUAAGGAGGGUACAGGUGCUCCUCCACUCUUCCCUGCUUGUCAUCGUUGCCAGAGUAGCUGCAUGCUGGCCAUAUAUAGAUUGGUUGUCCCGCCGUUGCUGGCCUCCAUCAGUCCGGCGAAUUGGCUGAUUGCCGGGGCUGGUGUGCGAACGUGCUUAGAUCCACUCGGUUCUAAUCACGGGGCCAAGGGCACUGAAUAGAAAAUCUUACCUCGGUC